CGAACCCAACCAAAACCCCCCCACCUCCCGAGCGCAGCUCCCAAUUUCCACUCGCCGCCUGCCUUCCCUCCGGCGCCAUGAUGGCCGCUCGCCUCCGCCUCGCGCUGCUGCUCUCCGUCUGCCUGUGCGCCGCGCGGGCGCGGCCCAGCCUCGAGCCGGCCAUCCGCCUCCCGUCGGAGCGCGCGGCGGCGGGGGCGGCCGAGGGGACGGACGACGCCGUCGGGACCCGGUGGGCCGUGCUCAUCGCCGGCUCAAACGGCUACUACAACUACCGCCACCAGGCGGACAUCUGCCAUGCCUACCAGAUCAUGAAGAAGGGCGGACUCAAGGACGAAAACAUCAUCGUCUUCAUGUACGACGAUAUCGCUCACAGCCCGGAGAAUCCGAGGCCUGGUGUCAUCAUCAACCAUCCCCAGGGUGGCGAUGUCUAUGCUGGGGUUCCAAAGGAUUACACUGGGAGGGAGGUCAAUGUCAACAAUUUCUUCGCUGUUCUGCUUGGCAACAAAACAGCUGUCAGUGGUGGGAGCGGCAAGGUUGUGGAUAGUGGCCCCAAUGAUCAUAUUUUCGUUUUCUACAGUGACCAUGGGGGUCCUGGUGUCCUUGGGAUGCCUACCUACCCGUACCUCUACGGCGAUGACCUCGUAGAUGUCCUGAAGAAGAAGCAUGCUGCCGGGACGUACAAAAGCCUGGUCUUUUACCUUGAAGCAUGUGAAUCUGGGAGCAUAUUUGAGGGCCUCCUGCCCAACGACAUCAAUGUGUACGCGACCACUGCUUCAAAUGCAGAGGAGAGCAGCUGGGGAACGUACUGCCCUGGCGAGUUCCCGAGCCCUCCGCCAGAGUAUGAUACCUGCUUGGGAGACUUGUAUAGUAUUGCUUGGAUGGAAGACAGUGAUUUCCACAAUUUGCGAACUGAGUCUCUCAAGCAACAAUACAAUUUGGUCAAGGAUAGGACGUCGGUUCACAACACUUACAGCUAUGGUUCCCAUGUGAUGCAAUACGGUUCACUGAACCUGAAUGUGCAGCAUUUAUUUUCUUACAUUGGCACAAACCCUGCUAACGAUGGCAACAAGUUUGUGGAAGGCAAUUCAUUGCCAUCAUUCACAAGAGCUGUUAAUCAGCGUGAUGCUGAUCUUGUUUACUUCUGGCAAAAGUACCGGAAAAUGGCUGAGGGCUCACCUGGGAAAAAUGAUGCCCGGAAGGAAUUGCUUGAAGUGAUGGCCCACAGAUCUCAUGUUGACAACAGUGUUGAGCUGAUUGGAAGCCUUCUCUUUGGCUCAGAGGACGGUCCAAGGGUUCUGAAGGCUGUUCGUGCAGCUGGUGAACCUUUGGUUGAUGAUUGGAGCUGCCUCAAGUCCAUGGUUCGUGCAUUUGAGGCGCAGUGUGGGUCGUUGGCGCAGUAUGGAAUGAAGCACAUGAGGUCCUUUGCAAACAUCUGCAAUGCCGGCAUCCUUCCUGAAGCAGUGUCAAAGGUCGCUGCUCAGGCUUGCACCAGCAUUCCUUCCAACCCCUGGAGCUCCAUCCACAAGGGUUUUAGUGCCUAAAUGAUGCACAGGUGAAGCGAAAUAUUUCAGCUGCUCCACCAUACCGAACUCCAUUACAAUCCUCAGGGGUGUUAGUGCUUGAACCAUAGGUGAAGCGAAAUAUUUCAGCCGCUCCAUCAUACCAAAGUACAGUACAGUCCUCAGGGGCGUUAGUGCUUGAACCAUAGGUGAAGCAGACUUAUGCCAUUAUUCUGUUCCACCGCACCAGAUUACCAUAGUUAUGCCCGAUUUCCGGUGUACAUACAUAGUCGGAAAGUUAUUUGGCAAUAUAAUUUCUCGUUGUUGUACAUAUUCCCGAUAGCUUGUUAGCAGAUGUGUGUAAUUUGUACUUCCAAUUAAUGAAGAACACAUUGCUACUAUUUUUACAUCACCAUCUGAAGUUCAA